AGUAAGCAAAGAGUCUGAAUCAAAGAGAAGAAGAAGUCGGUUGAGACGCUAAUUUUUUUGUUAAUUUUAGUUUUUAAGUUAAUUAAAUUCCAGAAAAGUUUAAUGCCGGUGUCAAAAUUUUUACGCAUGGCACAGCAUUAAAACUGGACGAAAAGAAGAAAAACGGGUUAUAAGAUUAGUGAAACGGCGGCAAAUUUAGCUGAGAAAGAGAUCGUUUUAAACGUAAACAAAACAAUGGGACGCAGUCCUUCUCCUUCACACAGACGGCGCGAGAAAGAGCGUUCAGAGCGUAGAAAACGCCGCGAAAGGCGGUCACGUGAAAGGGAAAGAGAGAGAGAGCGCGAACGAGAACGUGAGGCGGCUAGUGGCAGUAGCGGCCGCGCAUUAAGAAGAGAAAGAGAUAGAGAACGUGAGAGAAGUCGCGAUAGAGGAGAACGCAGUAGUCGACGCCGCUCUAGAUCCCGCUCGAAUGACCAUCCAUCUACCUCAGCUGCAACAUCAACCCGUCGACGUGGCGGCGCUGGCAGUACCCGGGGAGUCGAACGUCCCAAAAUUAGCGAAGCCGAUUUAGAAGGUAAAUCACCCGAAGAAAUAGAAAUGUUAAAAACUAUGGGUUUCUGUACGUUCGACACGACUAAAAAUAAAAAAGUUGAAGGUAACGAUGUCGGAGAAGUACAUGUAAUCCUUAAGCGUAAAUAUCGCCAGUAUAUGAAUCGUAAGGGCGGUUUUAAUCGUCCCUUGGAUUUUGUCGCAUAGCACCGCAGCAUAUUUACACUUGCUGCUUACACGGCUAUGGUCGCUGUUUAGUUUUAGUCGUCGUAGUUUUUGUCACUUUUAAAGAAACAAAACCUGCAAUUUUAUGCAAUAGACCGGUUUACAAAAUUUUAAACAUUUUUCAAGUCAAAAUUUCCACCACCACCACCU